GCGUCGUAUUUGCGUAUUCAUUAUUUAAAAUCAAUUUAAAUAAUAAAAACAUGUAAUACAAUUACACAACCGUCAUAGAGGCUCAGCAAAGUGUAGUAAGUCUGCGUAAAUAUACACUCCGGUAUAAAAGAAAGAUAUUUAAGAUGACACAAGAUACAGUAAAAGUGAAGAAAGAACCUGAAUGGGAUAUCGACGAACAAACUCGAACUCGACUAUUUGGUUACGAUGAGGUGAAGAGUGAGGUUGCACAGCUACAGCUGGGAGAUAAGGAACAAGUAAAACCUCAUAUAGAAGCAGUAUUUGUAAAAGGAGAGCCCAUUCAGGAAAACACAAAGAUUAAAAGUGACCAGCCAUCAAACCUGUCGGAGGCUGACAUAAAGACAGAGCUGAUGAAUGAAGAGUCUGGUUCUCAAUCACUUACUCCCGCACCAUUGAACAGAGACAUACCAAGUGCCGAGCAGCCAAUCGCCCCGUCCUUGUUAACAGACCAUGAGCAACCAAACACACAGAUGUCGCCACAAGCACAAAAUAAAUCACAAAUUAAAAAACCUUAUACCUGCAAUAUUUGUAACAAAGACUUCACACUGUCAAGUAAUUUAAAGACUCAUCAACGAAUACACACGGGAGACAAGCCAUACUCCUGUAAACAAUGCGAAAAGAAAUUUACACAAAUGGCUUCCUUGAAACGACAUGAACUUAUCCACAGCGAAGACAAACCCCACGUGUGUGAAGUAUGCAACAAACAGUUCAAAAAAAUUGGUCAUCUGCAACGUCAUAAACGAAUCCACACAGGAGACAAACCUUAUGCUUGUGAUACAUGUAAUAAAAGAUUUAUAAAUUCAAGCGGUUUAAAUAAACAUAAGUUAAUUCACACUGGAGACAAGCCAUAUUCGUGUAAAAUGUGUAAUAAAGUAUUUACGCAAUUGGCAAAUUUAAAGGCGCAUGAAAAAACACAUACAGAUAUAAAAGAAUUCUCAUGCGAAGUAUGUGAUAGAAAGUUCAGGAUUAUAAAUCAAUUAAAGGUCCAUAUGGCAAUACAUUCUGAAAAUAAAUAUUCAUGUGAUGUAUGUGAAAAGUCAUUUUCUAGGGCGGCAUAUGUUAAAGAUCAUAAAAAAAUUCACAAUAAGGCAGAUCUGUAUAAAUGUGACAUAUGUGGCAAAAACUAUUCGCGAAUGGGUGUUUUAAAUAGGCAUAAACUAAUACAUCGAGGUGAGAAACGAUUUUCGUGCGAUUAUGUAACAGGCGGUACUCUGAAAAAACUACUUUAGUGAAACAUAAGUUGAGUAAACAUUUAGACUAAGAGUCCUAAAAAUACGGUGGAGCCACCGUUUUUAAAAUAGUUAAGAAGUAUUAAACAUCAGGUUUAAGAUGUAAUAUAUAAAUAUUUAUUAAAAAUACUUAUUUUCAUUUUAUUUAUUUAUUAGGUACUAGUUUUUGCCCGCGGCUUCGCUCGCGUUAAAUUCGAAAAUUGCG